UGCGCCCUGGCCGGCGGCGACGGGCGCCUCCUCCUCUUCGUCCUGAGCAUCCCCGGGACCGCCGCCUCGCUCAGGCUGUUCGAGGGGGCCGUGCGCAGCCUGAGCUGGGCCCCCCGCCCCGGGCUGCCCUCCGCCACCGCUGCCGCCCUCCUGGCCUCCGGUCCCGAAGGGGAGAUGCUCUGGCUGGACGUCACGCACCGCCCCGGGCAGGCACCCUGCGUGCGGCUCAUGGGACGGUACCUGCUGCCCCCCUGCAAGCAGCGCUGGCACACUUGCGCUGCCUUCCUGCCCCAGGGAGAGCUCCUGGUCUGUGGCGACCGCCGGGGCUCCCUCCUCCUCUUCCCUUGCAGCAGCUCCUCGAGGCGGGCUGCAGAAAGCACCAGCAUUGCCAAUGGUGUCGCCGACUCGGUCAGUGAGGACUCUAGCAGUGAGUUGGAGCUGUCUUGCUUGUCACACAAAGGGGUCCUUCCCCUUGAGUCCCCAUUGUCCGUGCUCUUUGGGCUCCACGGGAAGACAGGGGUUACCUCGGUGACCUGCCACAAGGGCUACAUUUACAGCACUGGCCGUGAUGGUGUCUACCGCCAGCUCCACCUGCGGGACCAGCAGCUGGAGGUUCUGCGGAAGCACAGGCCCUGCAAAGGGCUGCAGUGGAUCGAGGAGCUGCGCUUCACACCAGACGGGGACCUGCUCGUGCUGGGCUUUCACGCUGACAACUUUGUGGUGUGGAGCAGCAGGACUAGCGAGAACCUCCACUGCAUCCCCUGCGGGGGUGGGCACCGCUCCUGGAGCUACUGCAGCAGCCCCUGGGCUGAGGUCUUUGCCUUCAUCAAGUCUGGGGAUGUGAUGCUGUACUGCUGUAAGGCCGAGCCCUGCGAGCAGCAGGUGCUGCUGGCAUCCCUGCACGGGCGGGAGAUCACCUGUGUACGGCGUCUGGGGGCCAUGAAGGUGCCUGGCCAUGCCGCCCUUAACGUGCUGGUCACCGGCAGUGAGGACACCACGGCCUGUGUCCUGGCACUCAGUGAGCACUCUCGGGCAGUCAUGCCCCUUGCUCGCCUCAGUGACCACAUUUCCAGUGUGAGGACGCUGGCACUGGCCGGCCCCACGGGACCUGGAGACAAGGGCUUUGGUGAGGAGGGCUUGUCUGCCCUGCUCUUCUCUGCGGGUGGCCGGGCACAGAUCGAGUGCUACCGGCUGCUGUGUACUGGGGACCCAGAGAGUGCUGUGGAGAGCCUGGAGAGCGCUGUGGCCUGCCAGGUCAUCCAUGUGGCCUCCCAUCGGCUGGACGAGCACUGGGAGCGGAAGAAGAACAGGCACAAGCUCGUCAAGAUGGACCCGGAGACGAGGUACAUGUGCCUCUCUGUUGUACCUGGCACCAGCACCAAGCAGCUGCUGACAUCUUGGAAGUUCCUGGCUGCUGCCUGCAGCGAUGGAUCAGUCCGGGUCUUUGGGCUGCUGGAGGCUGCUCGGAAUUUGGUGCUGGUGGCAGAGUCAUUUCACCACCAGCGCUGUGUGCUGAAGGUGGAGGCGUUCCUGCACACAGGGACAGAAGGGGAGAGGUGAGCCCCGAAUGCUGGGCUCUGGGGAGAAGCAUUUCUCCUCAUAGGGAUGGCGGCUCAGCGAGCGGAGGGAAGGGAGGAAGUCAGGGAGGCUGUUCUGCCAUUUCCACAGAUCUCAGUGGGGACC